UUGAGAAGUGAAAGUAAUGGCAAUAAAAGAUAGAUCACUAGAAGAGACACCAACAUGGGCUCUUGCUGCUGUUUGCUUCGUUAUUCUUUUCAUCUCUAUCAUGAUCGAAUAUUUCUUGCACUAUAUUGGUCACUGGUUUAAAAGGAAGAACAAGAAGGCAUUAUAUGAAGCUCUUGAAAAGGUUAAAGCAGAAUUGAUGCUACUGGGAUUCAUAUCUCUUCUACUUGUCGUAUUGCAAUCACCAGUCUCCCAAAUUUGCAUUCCAGAAAGAGUAGCUGCGACUUGGCAUCCUUGUAGUAGCCAACAAGAGGUAGCUAAGUAUGGUAAAGAUUAUAUCGACGAUGGUCGUGAGGUUCUUGAAGACUAUGACUUCAACGACUUUUAUAGUCCUCGUCGAAGUUUAGCCACCAAGGGUUAUGACAAGUGCGCAGAAAAGGGGAAAGUAGCAUUAGUAUCUGCAUAUGGUAUUCACCAAUUGCAUAUAUUCAUCUUCGUGCUCGCUGUAUUUCAUAUUCUUUACUGCGUUAUAACCUAUGCUUUGGGAAAAACCAAGAUGAAGAAAUGGAAAUCAUGGGAAAGAGAGACCAAAACAAUUGAGUACCAAUAUGCCAAUGAUCCAGAGAGGUUCAGAUUUGCAAGAGAUACAUCUUUUGGACGUAGACAUUUGAAUAUAUGGAGCAAGUAUUCCUUUACCCUGUGGACUACAUGUUUCUUCAGACAGUUCUUUGGAUCAGUGACAAAAGUGGAUUAUCUUACACUACGACAUGGCUUUAUAAUGGCGCAUAUGCCAGCAGGAAGUGAAGCUCGUUUCGAUUUUCAAAAGUACAUUCAAAGAUCUUUGGAAGAAGAUUUCAAGGCUGUUGUCGGUAUAAGCCCAGUGAUCUGGUGCAUUGCUGUCUUAUUCAUAUUGACUAAUACACAUGGAUGGGAAUCCUACUUUUGGCUGCCUUUCCUCCCUUUGUUUGUGAUAUUAAUAGUAGGAGCAAAACUUCAAGUGAUAAUAUCGAAGUUAGGAUUGAGGAUUCAAGAUAAAGGAGAUGUGGUUAAAGGAGCUCCUGUGGUUGAACCUGGUGAUGAUCUCUUUUGGUUUGGUCGUCCUCGUUUCAUUCUCUUCCUCAUUCACUUGGUUCUUUUCACGAAUGCAUUUCAACUGGCUUUCUUCGUUUGGAGCACUUACGAGUUCACUCUUAAAAACUGCUUCCACGACAAAACUGAAGAUAUUGCGAUCAGGAUCAUCAUGGGGGUAUUGAUACAAGUUAUAUGCAGCUACAUCACUCUACCUCUCUAUGCUCUUGUGACUCAGAUGGGAACUUCAAUGAGACCGACCAUAUUCAACGACAGGGUAGUCAGUGCAUUGAAAAAAUGGCACAACACAGCCAAGAAACAGACCAAGCAUGGAAACUCAGGGUCCAACACACCUCUCUCUAGCCGCCCCACCACACCAACACAUGGCACGUCACCUAGGCAUCAUCUCCUUCACAAACAUAACCGCAGCUUUGAUCAUCAAACCAGCUUCACUGCCUCUACUUCUCCUAGAUUCUCUGAUUUUGGCGGCCAAGGCCAUGGCCAUCAGCCUUUCCUUGAUCUUGAAUCUCAAAAUGUCUCUCCCCACUUUGAGAUUGCAGAAUGUGAUAACAGCAACAGUCAGCAUCUCCGUGCUGAAGUAGCUAGUCCUGUUAGAGAAGAGAUCGAGAUUACUGAGCAUGUCAAGGUUGAAUUGUCAGAGUUCACUUUCAAGAAGUGAUAUGGGUUCUAUACUUUACCUGUUUGUUCAUUCUUUGUAAAUCAUGUAAACUCUGGAACGAACACUUCUCGUUCAUUUCUUCUUCUAUAUAUUUGCUGUCAGAAAUAAAAAUCAAAAACGUUUAAUGUUAAAUUUUAAAAAGACGGACAAUGUUCUCAUCAACUUAAAUUUCUUAAAGCAUUUUGAGACUUUGCUUUUGUUAUCCUUCUUAAAGCAGAGCAUA